AAACAUAGUUCACUCAAAGUUGUAAUGGUUUAAUUCUGCAGUGUUAAACAUAUGGAGAGGCGCUGAAGGCUGGUCAUACCAUUCCUCAACAUUAACUAUGAACUGGGAAUCUGCCAGACGCUGGUGCAAGCAGAAUUACACCGACAUGGUAGCCAUCCAGAACAAAGAUGAAAUUUAUCACCUCAACAGUAUCCUUCCAAAAGUCAAUGGAUAUUACUGGAUUGGCAUUCGCAAAAUUAAUGGCAUUUGGACCUGGGUGGGAACUAAUAAGAUGCUUACCAAGGAAGCUGAGAACUGGGCGGAGAAGGAGCCCAAUAAUGGAAGGAAUAAUGAAGAUUGUGUGGAAAUAUACAUUAAAAGAGGGAAAGAUGAAGGCAAAUGGAAUGAUGAAUCCUGCUUAAAGAAGAAGACUGCACUGUGCUACACAGCAUCCUGCAAAGACAACUCCUGUGUCAGUGGCCAAGGAGAGUGUGUUGAAACCAUAAACAGCCAUAAAUGUGCAUGCCUUGGGGGUUUCUAUGGAGACCGAUGUGAACAUGUUGUAAAAUGCAAAUCAGAGGACAUCCCCGCACCAGAUAAUGCUAGCAUUAACUGCUCUCAUCCUCAUAAAGACUUCUCAUAUGACUCUGAAUGUGUAUACUCCUGUGAGGAGGGUUAUGAACUAAAGGGUUCCAAUACAACAAGAUGCACUUCUAGCACAGAGUGGUCAAAUAAACCACCAACCUGUGAACUUGUUCAAUGUCCAGAGCUGACCAAACCACAGGGAGGCCAAAUGCAAUGCCACCAUCCCAUGGGCCAGUUCAGCUACCAAUCUACCUGUGAGUUUAUGUGUAAAGAAGGACACACGCUGCGAAACUCCAUCUCUUCAACACUGUUCUGUGGGGCAACGGGACACUGGAAUGAUUCACAACCCACUUGUGAAAUUGUAAAAUGCAAACAAGAGGACAUCACCCCACCAGAUCAUGCUAGCGUCCAGUGCUCCCAUCCUCAUGAAGGCUUCCCAUAUGACUCUCAAUGUGAAUAUUUCUGUGAGGAGGGUUAUGAAUUAAAGGGUUCCAGAACGACAAGAUGCACUUCUAGCACAGAGUGGUCAAACAAAUCACCAACAUGUGAACCUGUCCAGUGUCCAGAGCUGACCAAACCACAGGAAGGCCAAAUACAGUGUUACCAUCCCAUGGGCCAGUUCAGCUACCAAUCUACCUGUGAGUUUAUGUGUAAAGAAGGACACAUGCUACGAGACUCCAGCUCUUCAACCCUGUUCUGUGGGGCAACGGGACACUGGAAUGAUACACAACCCUCUUGUGAAAUUGUAAAAUGCAAACAAGAGGACAUCACCGCACCAGAUCAUGCUAGCGUCCAGUGCUCCCAUCCUCAUGAAGGCUUCCCAUAUGACUCUGAAUGUGUAUACUCCUGUGAGGAUGGUUAUGAACUACAGGGUUCCAAUACGACAAGAUGCACUUCUAGCACAGAGUGGUCAAAGAAACCACCAGCAUGUGAACUUGUUAAAUGUCCAGAGCUGACCAAACCACAGGAAGGCAUAAUGCAGUGCCAAGAUCCCAUGGGCCAGUUCAGCUACCAAUCUACCUGUGAGUUUAUGUGUAAUGAGGGACACACGCUGCGAAACUCCAGCUCUUCAACACUGUUCUGUGGGGCAACGGGACACUGGAAUGAUACACAACCCACUUGUGAAAUUAUAAAAUGCAAACAAGAGGACAUCACCCCACCAGAUCAUGCUAGCGUCCAGUGCUCCCAUCCUUAUAAAGACUUCUCAUAUGACUCUCAAUGUGAAUAUUUCUGUGAUGAGGGUUAUGAAUUAAAGGGUUCCAGAACGACAAGAUGCACUUUUAGCACAGAGUGGUCAAACAAACCACCAACAUGUGAACUUGUUCAAUGUCCAGAGCUGACCAAACCACAGGAAGGCAUAAUGCAGUGCCAAGAUCCCAUGGGCCAGUUCAGCUACCAAUCUACCUGUGAGUUUAUGUGUAAUGAGGGACACACGCUGCGAAACUCCAGCUCUUCAACACUGUUCUGUGGGGCAACGGGACACUGGAAUGAUUCACAACCCACUUGUGAAAUUGUAAAAUGCAAACAAGAGGACAUCACCCCACCAGAUCAUGCUAGCGUCCAGUGCUCCCAUCCUCAUGAAGGCUUCCCAUAUGACUCUCAAUGUGAAUAUUUCUGUGAGGAGGGUUAUGAAUUAAAGGGUUCCAGAACGACAAGAUGCACUUCUAGCACAGAGUGGUCAAACAAAUCACCAACAUGUGAACCUGUCCAGUGUCCAGAGCUGACCAAACCACAGGAAGGCCAAAUACAGUGUUACCAUCCCAUGGGCCAGUUCAGCUACCAAUCUACCUGUGAGUUUAUGUGUAAAGAAGGACACAUGCUACGAGACUCCAGCUCUUCAACCCUGUUCUGUGGGGCAACGGGACACUGGAAUGAUACACAACCCUCUUGUGAAAUUGUAAAAUGCAAACAAGAGGACAUCACCGCACCAGAUCAUGCUAGCGUCCAGUGCUCCCAUCCUCAUGAAGGCUUCCCAUAUGACUCUGAAUGUGAAUAUUUCUGUGAAGAGGGUUAUGAACUAAAGGGUUCCAAUACGACAAGAUGCACUUCUAGCACAGAGUGGUCAAACAAACCACCAACAUGUGAACUUGUUCAAUGUCCAGAGCUGACCAAACCACAGGAAGGCAUAAUGCAGUGCCAAGAUCCCAUAUGCCAGUUCAGCUACCAAUCUACCUGUGAGUUUAUGUGUAAUGAGGGACACACGCUGCGAAACUCCAGCUCUUCAACACUGUUCUGUGGGGCAACGGGACACUGGAAUGAUUCACAACCCACUUGUGAAAUUGUAAAAUGCAAACAAGAGGACAUCACCCCACCAGAUCAUGCUAGCGUCCAGUGCUCCCAUCCUCAUAAAGACUUCUCAUAUGACUCUCAAUGUGUAUACUCCUGUGAGGAGGGUUAUGAACUAAAGGGUUCCAAUACAACAAGAUGCACUUCUAGCACAGAGUGGUCAAACAAACCACCAAGAUGUGAACUUGUUAAAUGUCCAGAUCUGACCAAACCACAGGAAGGCCAAAUACAGUGUUACCAUCCCAUGGGCCAGUUCAGCUACCAAUCUACCUGUGAGUUUAUGUGUAAAGAAGGACACAUGCUACGAGACUCCAGCUCUUCAACCCUGUUCUGUGGGGCAACGGGACACUGGAAUGAUACACAACCCUCUUGUGAAAUUGUAAAAUGCAAACAAGAGGACAUCCCCGCACCAGAUCAUGCUAGGGUCCAGUGCUCUCAUCCUCAUAAAGACUUCUCAUAUGACUCUGAAUGUGUAUACUCCUGUGAGGAGGGUUAUGAACUAAAGGGUUCCAGUACAACAAGAUGCACUUCUAGCACAGAGUGGUCAAACAAACCACCAACCUGUGAAUUUAUUCACUGCCCAGCCCUUGACAGUCCUGUCAAUGGAGAGCUGAACUGCACCUCCAGCUUUAAUUACGGGAGCAAAUGCAGCUUUAGCUGUGUUGAAGGAUUCCAGCUCCUGGGAGCUUCAGAGAUCAGCUGUUCAAAAACAGCAAAGUGGAGUCAGGAACCAUCUCGCUGUGAGGCAAUGGUCUGCCCACAACUUCAUGAGCCUAUUAAUGGGCAUAUGAACUGCUCAUCUGAAGAGCCCACCUUUGGCACCGUCUGCAUCUUCAGCUGUCAUGAAGGCCACCAACUCAAAGACCACAGUAACAAGAUCGUGAUGUGCAACUACAAUGGGAGCUGGUCAGGGGAAGUGGCAGUGUGUCAAGCUUCUCCUGAUCCCUCUCCAUCGCUCUUCGAAGUGACAGAAGUGACUCUUGGGGUUGCAGGUGCUAUCGGUGGCUCCAGUCUGGGCUUAGUUCUCUGGAUACUGAAGAGACUGAGGAGAAAAGCUAGCAAUUUUGACCUAAACAGUACCUCGGAUACUGAGGAUCCACCACAGUUUUAUAAGAACAGUGUUGACAGUCUCAUAUAGAACAAAAUACCAUCAAAUAGCAGACAGUAUAUACGGUGAGCAUAUAUUCCUCAUGCACACAGACAGGCCAGUGUGUGUGUAAUGAUGGCAAUGUAAUUUAUCUGGAAUAAUGGAACAAUUCAUUGAAAAACUGAAUUAAACUUUAUUUUUCACAGGACUCACAACUGCCUCGUUGAAAUAAAAAUGUAUGUCAUCACAAAUGAUUUGAGACACUUGGAUAUUUUUAAACUUUGAGGGGCAUUAUCAGUUACUAGGCAACAGUAACUGAAUGUAAUUUCUACUUCCCAACGGAAGCGUUAAUUAUUUACUUGACUGAACAUAUUGUUCUGUAGCCUACUAUUUAAAUGUCCUAUUUUUAUGUUAUUAAUAUACACAUUUCUUGUACUAUUUAUUGUUCCUAAACCCUAUUGGUCCUAUUAAACUAUUUUAACAUGUAAACCAAUAAAGUGUGACAUUUAUGACAUCAUGACUUGGUGUUUGAAUGCAUUUUCCACUUUCAGAUGAGCAUCUGAAACUUAAAAAAAAAGCAUAUAUUUUUCAACAUCAAAGCAUAAAUGAACAUUUACUGUAACUGGUCAUUCCAUUUGUAGAAUCAUUAGCUCUAAAUUUGAACCUUAACCCCUAAAUAAAAGCUGGAAGUGAA